UUUUUUUAUACCGAUAUAAAAUGAUUAAAAAAUUAAUCAUUGUUCGUCACGUUGCUCUCUGUUUCGUAACGAAUAAUUAGAUCAUUCUGAUCGUUGUUUCAGUCAACUUCAAUUCAAUCGCAGGUGAUCUAAUGGCGUUUCUGGGAUCUAAUUUGCCCACUGAGGUUGGUUUGAAGUUGCUUCUUGUCCCCCUUGAUUCCAACAUUGUAAUCCGAACAGCAUGCUGUUCUGUGGGAAUAGCUUUACCUGUUUACUCCACAUUCAAAGCGAUAGAGACGAAAGAUCCAAACGAGCAACAAAAGUGGCUUUUAUACUGGGCAGUGUAUGGAUCAUUUAGCGUUGUAGAAGUGUUUGCAGACAAAUUUAUAUCCUGGUCACCACUUUACUAUCACAUGAAGCUUGCAUUUCUUGUUUGGCUUCAGCUUCCGACCACCAAUGGGGCUAAGCAAUUAUACAUGAACCAUCUACGCCCGUUCUUUAUGAGGCAUCAAGCUAGGCUUGAUCAUAUCACAGGGUGGUUCUACAGCGAGGCGGGGAAGUUCAUUAGUGCUCACGAAGCUGAAUUUCAAUUUUUGAAGACGGUUAUGAUGAAGAUUCUGACGUCAGUGAAGCAAUUGGUCAACGGUAGCAAUCAGCCUGCCACAACUCAAGAGGGGAGAGGAAAUACCGUUCCGAGAGAUCAAGUGGAGAGCUCUAGUUCCGUGGAUGCCACUCAUGGUGCUGCUGCUAAUACGGAUGAUGACGAUGAUGAUGAUGAUGAUGAAUAUGUUUCUGUCUCGCCAUCUUCUUAAUCUUUGAGUACCUUAAAAUUGUUAUGUUAAAUUAGUUUCUUGAAGUCACUUAGACAACGUUGAUGUGUAUAACGUAUUUACGAAAGACAAUAGCAGUGGUAACAAUGUUUUAAAAACAGCCCUCGGGAAACAGUGACGGAGGUGCCUUCAAUGC